AUGUCGAAAAGGGCUCACCUUUUGGAGAAUGAAUCUAAAAUUCGUGCCCUGUGGCAAGAAACCAGAGUGUUUGAAGCCAAUCUUCCUGCCAACAGGAGUAAAGAUAAGUACUUUUGUACAUUUCCUUACCCUUAUAUGAAUGGAAGGUUACACAUAGGCCACGGCUUCACCGUUUUGAAAUCUGAAUUUCAAGCUCGUUUCCAAAGGACCCAGGGCAAGGUCGUUUUGUGGCCAUUCGGCCUACACUGCACAGGAAUGCCCAUCAUGGCCUGUGCGGAUAAGAUAAAGAAAGAGUUGUUAGAGGUGAGUAAAAGAAUAAAUAAAACGCCUCAGUUAAACUCCGGUUUAUCAAAUCAUCGCAACGAAGAUCCUCUAAACGGCACUGAAAAUGAAGAAGAGCAUUCGGCAGCUUCAACGAAGGACGUUACCAAAUUCUCUUCAUCGCGCUCCAAACUCAAGGCAAAGUCGAACACGAACAUGACGCAAAUCGAUAUAAUGAAGCACAUGAACAUAGAUGACGAGGAGAUUCCCAAGUUCGCAAACCCGGACCACUGGCUGGUGUACUUCUCGCCGCUGGCGAUUCAGGACAUGAAGAUGUUCGGCCUGUCGGUGGACUGGCGAAGAAGCUUCAUAACGACGAACAGGAACCCGUACUACAACCUGUUCGUAGAGUGGCAGUUUGACAGACUGAAGAGACUCGACAAGCUGCUGUACGGCUCAAGGCCAUCCAUAUUCAGCAGACUGACCAUGCAGACUUGCGGAGACCACGACAGAUCAGAAGGAGAGGGAGCCACGGCGCAGGAGUACACCGUAAUUAAGAUGAAGCUCGACGUGUCGGUCAAAAACCCGUUUAAGCAGUUCCAGGGCAGAUAUGAGCACUACGCGGAGAAGCUGAAGGAGAAGAGUGUGUACCUGCUGGCAGCGACGCUGAGGCCAGAGACGUUUUACGGACAGACGAACCUGUUCGUGUGCCCAGAAGGGGAGUACGAGGCGUUUUUGGGCUUCGAGGCUCCGAGGCUGAGCUUUAACUCAGUGGGCGUCGUUGAGACAAAAAUGGCACUGAGGGAGGCAGUGGACCAGUCUGAGUGUGUAUACCUAACAUCUAGAAGAUCAGCACUAAACAUGGCACACCAGGGCUUGACGAUAUUAAAUGAAAAGGCAACGCCAGGAAGCGACUACGGAGAAGAUGAACUAUUUAGUUUGCAAAAGUUCACGGGCAUGGAUUUGAUAGGAACCAGCGUGGUGACGCCACUUAGCGUACACAAGUCAGUGUACGUUGUGCCGAUGGUGACGGCAAGUAUGCACAAGGGCACGGGAAUAGUGGGAUGCGUCCCCUCAGAUUCGCCAGACGACUACGUAGUGCUGUCGGAAAUGAGGAGGAAGGGAGCCUACUUUAAGGAAAAAUACAACGUGUUGGAGGAGUACGUGAGUUUGGAGGAGGUGCCGAUAAUCGAUGUUCCAGAGUACGGAACGUGCAUGGCAGUGAAACUGUGUAACGAGAGUAAAGUGACAUCACCCAAAGAUCACCAAAAGUUGGAAGAAUUGAAAGAGUUCGUGUACAAAAAGGGGUUUUACACAGGAGUGAUCAACGUAGGCCCGUAUAAAGAUCAGAAGGUUGUGGAUGUUAAAAAUAAAAUUAGAGAUGAAAUGAUAAGAAAUAAGCAAGCGUUUAUGUACUAUGAGCCAUCAAAGAAUGUAGUGAGUAGGUCAGGAGACGUGUGCGUAGUAGCAAUAUGUAACCAGUGGUACACUAAGUUCGGAGACGAGGAAUGGAAAAAGAACGUAAUGGAACAGCUGAAAAGAAACAAUUUUACAUGUUACAGCGAAUCGAGUUUGAAUCAGAUGAAACACGUGAUCAACUGGUUGGAUAACUGGGCAUGUAGCAGAUCGUAUGGACUGGGGACGCUGCUGCCAUGGGAGGACAUAACAAAGAAUAGGAAUAUACUGAUAGAUAGCCUGUCGGAUAGCACAAUAUACAUGGCCUACUACACAGUCGCACACUACCUGCAGUCGGAUAUAUUCGGGAAUAAGCCAGGGCUCUUGAACAUGAGCGCAGAAAGAUUGAAUAAAACGCUGUUUGACUACGUGUUUAACAUAUCGGACAAGUUUCCAACGUUCAAUGAUAAGUCACACGGCACAGAUGGCGCUGGUUCAGAUGGCAGUACUGAUGGAACCGGAGAGAAAAUUGAUAAACAGACAGUGGAGACGAUAAAUCAAAUGAGGGAGGAGUUUAAGUACUGGUACCCAGUGGACGUGAGGUGCAGCGGAAAGGACCUGCUGUUCAACCACCUGACGAUGAGCCUGUUCAUACACGAGGCGAUCUGGAGAGGAUGCAGCAUUGAGUACAUGCCAAGGUCGUUCUUCUGCAACGGACACGUGCUGGUCGACUCGGAAAAAAUGAGUAAGUCAAAGGGGAAUUUUUUGACAAUCGAAGACUCGAUCAACCUAUAUACAGCAGACGGAACGAGAAUAGCAAUGGCAGAUGCAGGAGACUCGCUGGACGACGCAAACUUCUCGAAGGAAACGGCAGAAUCCUCAGUGUUGAAGCUGUUCAACUUCCUGCAGACGUCAAAGAAUGAUAUGGCGACAGGAACCGCGAUUGGCCUGGAACGAAGCCUGAAUGAAAUGGAAGAGGAGCUUAAGGAUGGGCUGAAGCUGGCAAAAGGCCCAAAGCUGAAUGGAUAUAUAGAGUCGAAUGACCUGAACCUGUUUAGCAGGGCGGUGUUUGAGAACGAAAUUAAGAACCUGUGCGACACGGCGAAGAGGUGCUACGAGAACUUUGUGUACAGAGACGCGCUGAAGGCAGUGUUCUACGACUACAUAGCGAUAAGGCUGGAGUACCUGCAGCUCUCAAACGCUGUCACGAGCUACGAGUCGCUGAGGAAAUAUUAUGAAACAUUCUGUGUCAUUGCAAAUCCAAUAGUGCCGCAUAUGUGCGAGUAUAUCUGGAACUACGUGUUGAAUAAGAAGGAGCAUCUAACGGAUCAACUGUGGCCAAGAUUUGAGAAGCCAACAAACAAGAGUCUGCACAAGCUGCUUAAGUUGCUGCACAGAAACCUGGAAGAAUUUAGAAAAACAAAGGAGAAGUCGCAGUCGUCAAAGAAGAGUAAGGUGGCUCAGACGUUCGACAAGGCCCUAAUAUACAUAUCAAGGGAAUACCCUGAGAAUAUUAGGAAUGUCAUCGUGGUAAUGAAUGAAAUGAAGAUACUGGAAAGCAACAUGACGGAAAAGGAGGCACUGAAGAAGCUUAACGAGAGUGAGAUGAUGAGGAGUUGCAGCCCUAAGGAUAAAAAGGUGCUGCUGGGAUUUGCAAGCUAUCAGCUGAAGCAGCUGUUCACGAUAGGACAGUCAGUACUAAUGUUGCACCUGCCGUACAGUGAAUACAAGCUAUACCAGCUGCUGGAACCAUACCUUAAGACAACACUGGAAGUUAAAGGUACACGGUUAUGCCGAAUACUAACUAUCGCAGUCAGAUAG